AUGUCACAGCUCAAAGGUGCCCUGGUCGCCUUGCUGGGCCUCGUGGGCUCUGCGGUGACUGCGCCGUCAGGAUGCACCAGCAACUCAGUCAAGCUGCAAUGGGUUGGCGACACGCCCGACUACACUACAGGUACCACCUUCGGUGUACCUUGGCCGCAGGGCAAGUUCAAGCCCAAUGACACGUCCUUCAGCAUCUCGGGAGGGAUGGAUAUGGAGUCCUGGGUCACCGGGUACUGGCGUGAUGGGAGUGUCAAAUGGUCCGCGCACGCAAUUCCUCCCAUCGAAGACGUGCAGGACGAGUACACCAUCAAGGCGUCUCGCGGGUCCACUCCGAAAACGGGCAGUAUCUCCGUGGACGACUCGGAUUCCGAAGUGACCGUCGACACCGGAAAGAUCACCGUCACCUUCCCCAAGGAGGGCAACUCUCUCAUCAGCAGCAUCCAGACAGCCAGUGGGAAGACGGUCGGUCGGAACGGGAAGCUCAUCCUGCACUCCCAAUCUACGAUCGCCGACGACGCUGCCAGCCGUACUGGCACUUCGAUCGACUACUUCAACUUUGAGAGCAACAUUGAAAAGGUCGAGGUCAGCAAGGACUCGUCUGUGCGUGCCCUCGUCACCGUGCGCGGCAAGUACCAACUCCAAUCCGGAGGCGAGCAUGACGACUGGCUGCCAUUCGUGCUUCGCUUCUACCUCUACUCCGAAUCGGACAGCAUCCGCGUCAUUCACUCUGUGGUCUUUGAUGGUGAGGCCGACAAAGAUUUCGUCUCCGGCCUUGGCAUUCGUCUCCAAGUUCCCCUCGCCGAGGAAGAGCUAUACAACCGUCACGUCCGGCUGGGUGGUGUGGAUGAUGGCUUCCUCCACGAGGCUGUAAAGGGGAUCACUGGCUUGCGAAGAGAUCCUGGUGAAGAGGUCAGGUCCGCCCAGUUCAAAGGCAAGGAGACUCCCAACAUUGACACCUGGGACACGCGCGUUUCCUCGCGCAUGCACUGGAUCCCUGACUGGAAUGACUUCAGCCUGAGGCAGCUCACGGCGGAUGGCUUCAGCCUGAGAAAACGUACAAAGCCCGGUCAGAGCUGGAUCGACAUCUCGGCUGGCACUCGCUCAUCGGGUCUGGCGUACCUUGGCGGCGCUACCGUGGGUGGUCUGGCUGUUGGCCUCCGUGACUUCUACAAGCAGUAUCCUUCUGGUCUCGAUAUCUCAAAGGCUGCAUCUGACAAUGGUGAGAUCACGCUCUGGCUGCACAGUCCUGACGCGGAACCUCUUGAUCUUCGCCCUUACCACGACGGCAUGGGCCAGGACACGUUUGAGGAACAGCUCGAUGCCCUUGAGAUCACAUAUGAGGACUAUGAGCCUGGCUUCGACACCCCCUACGGCAUCGCCAAGACCAGCGAAAUCUACAUCCACGCCUUCGAUGCUACCCCCUCCGCUGAGCGCCUGGGACAGCUGAGCAAGCACCUCCAGGCCCCUCCGGUCCUGUACGCUGAUCCCAAGCACAUCCACGCCACCAAGGGUUUCGGUUCGUACUGGGGCCUUGUGGACCGUUCUACCCCUCGGGCUGAAACAAUUGAGGACAACAUGGCUUUCCUCAACGAGUUCUACCAAGGCCAAGUCGAUGAACGUCGCUGGUUCGGGUUCCUGCAUUAUGGCGACGUGAUGCACACCUACGACAAUGACCGCCACACCUGGCGAUACGACAUUGGUGGCUACGCCUGGGACAACUCCGAGCUGUCGCCCGAUCUCUUCUUCUGGCAAUACUUCCUCCACACCGGCGACGCCAGCGUCUACCGCUUUGCAGAGGCCAUGACGCGCCACACGGGCGAGGUGGACUGCUACCACAUUGGCGACUGGAAGGGCCUGGGCACUCGCCAUGGCGUCCUCCACUUCUCCGACAGCGCCAAACAAGCUCGCAUCGCGCAGCCGCAGUAUCGCAAGUACUUUUACUACCUGUCAGGAGGCGACGAGCGCGUCGGCGAAAUCCUCACCGAGACCCUCGACGCAGACAAGACCUACGGCAAGCUCGACCCCGUACGCAAGGUACGCGAGGACGGAUGGGUCCCCGAGCCAGGGAAGCCCUUCACCUUUGGCCUGGGCACAGAUUGGGGCGCGCUGGCUGCUGGAUGGCUCAUCGAGUGGGAGCGGCGCGGCCCACGCUGGGAGGAGGCCCGCGAGAAGCUCACCAACACGGCCACGGGCAUUGCCAACCUAACCAACGGCUUCGUCACGGGCAGCGCCACCUACGACAUUGAGGAGCGCACGCUCACAGCCCCGCCCGCGGACCCUAAAAACGAGGGCAUCGUCGAGGUGUCGCACCUGUCCGCCGUCUUUGGCGCCCCCGAGGUCAUCUCGGAAGCCCUGGAGUACUGGGGCGACGACGCGCCCGAGGGCUUCAAGGACGCCUGGCUCGACUAUUGUUACUACUACAGCGCGCCCGCCUCCGAGCAGGAGGAGCGCUAUGGCGAGGCGUUUGGGCGACUCAACCUGUACCAGGCCCACAUGCGUCUCACGGCGUAUUAUGCGCAGCAGAAGGAUGAUAAGGAGGUGGCGAUCCGCGCUUGGAAGGAAUUUUACGAGUCGACCGACGGCUUCCUUGCGGACCAGGAGUGGGCCAUGGAGGAGAUCAGUGGUCCAGAGGUCCUGCUGCCGAUUCACGAGGCUGCGUGGGUGUCGACGAAUGCCGCUGCGCAGUAUGGUUUGGCUGGUAUCCAGGGGCUGGCGUUAGUGAAAGAUGCUCUGGAGGAGUACUAG